AAAUAUACGUUUCCACUGGACAAACAUCAGACAAAGGCCUUGUUCCGUAUUUUCAUUAACCUUACCGAGUCGAGGCCAAGGAGACAUUGAAAGAAGUAAAUUAAGCGAGAAAUAAUAAGCUCUUUUUAUUUUAGUUGGAUUUAAUUAUUUAUUUUCCCCCCACAAAAUAUUUGGUAUCUAGGGACCACCUUAUAGCAAUAUGAAAUAAUGACAUCAGCGCGUCAGUGAACUAUAAAUUAGCUGGCAAAAGGAUAAUUAAGCAGAGUGUAACCGAACGGAAGAGUUGCCGGUUAUAAAAACGGACGGAACGAGUUCAGGCACCGAUAAAAAAGGACUUAUUGAGUUAUAUGUAUGGUAAUGAUAAACGUGUGAUCUAUUUUCAUUGAGUGAAAUACCAGAUAUAGUUUGUUGUUCAGGUUUGGUCCAUCCACUUGUGAAUGACGUGUAGGUGAAAAAGAUUUUUUUUUCUUUCCGCAACUAGCAACAAAGGUAUUUCAAACAGCGUUUGUCAACAUUAACGUACGAGGUGGGAAGUUGUUUUAUUAAAUAACUGUACUUCCUCCUUAAACUUUCAUAAAAACAUUAAAAUUUUUAAGUAUCAUACGGAAAUAAAAAGACAGUUCUUUGACACACUCAAGACAUUUUCAAAAUGGCAAGCAUGAACCGAAUGGUGCUGAACUCGUUAUGUGUAUUAGCUCUUUGCACGAUUGCCUUAGGUGGAUUUUCAGUGGAAAAAUUUUGUGAAAAUGCUUGCAAUAGAGGACGCGGGGGAAAUUUAUGUAGAUGUAAUGGUUUUCAUUUCGCAGGCAAAAGAACCGUUUUAAGUGACAUUUUACCAGUUCCAAAUACAUAUUCUACUCUUUAUAAGGAAGAACAGAUGGAGGAGAGAAAUCCCUCUACUACCAAUGACCUAGAGCGUCUCAGGCAACAUUUUCGCAGGGAACAAUUUACAACGACGAACAAAAUCAAGGAAGCACAAAUGUUUAUCCAGUGGCUUUUAGAACACGUUGAUGUUUUAAAAUCGGAUAUACCAGAAAAACACUCGAGCACGUAUGGUAUUGAAAAUGAUGAGUAUGCGCCAUGAUUCGUCAGUUACAUCAUGCCAUAAACUAUUGGACAGUCCCCGAAUUUGCUUCUCUUUAUUUAACGUUAUUGUUAUGUAAAGAUUUUCAUAUCAUUAAGUUGUUCUAUUUUUGCACACAUUUUUAAAGUUAUGUUUUUAA